UAGAAACCCGGAAGUAGUUUGAAGGUCUUUGCUUAUAGUAGGAGUUUGGAUAAGGUCGCUUGUCCAUAUUCACUGUGAAAAUGGGUGUUAAAAUAGAGGUAUUUCGAAUGAUGCUGUAUCUCUCCUUUCCUGUGACCAUGUUUUGGAUCUCAAAUCAAGCAGAGUACUUUGAAGAGUAUAUAGUGAAGAGAAAGAGGGAAAUCUUCCCCCCCGACGAGGAAUCGCAGAGAAAAGAGUUGGAGGACUUCAAAGAGCGAAUGCGUGUUCGUAAGGAGCAGCGGCUAUUAAAAAAUAUUCCUCUGGAAUCUGAGAACUGAACAUUACAUGUUGAAGAAAAUGAUUUUCCACCUUUUACCAAUGAUACCAACUGUCUGGCAGUGAUUUUGAGGCCCAAGGAAAAAAGUUGGACUGGAGUAUGCCCAUUUCAUGUUGGAAAUCUCUGCUAGAUUAACUCUUCCCAAAGAUGUGCUGGGUAAUAAUUAUUUAUGCCUAAUAAGUUUAUUGUGCUUUCAUUUGUGUGCAACUUUUUUUUCCACAUGGUUUUUCAAAUGGUACAAUUGUUUUCUUAGCUGUUGUUGUUACAUUGCCUUAAAAUAAAUACUGAGCUGUACAUCAGAUUGAAUCUAGUUUAUUAUGAUCUAUUUGCAAGGUGCAGUGCCUACAAUGUUUUCACCUUGUCCUAUUACUUAUAUUGUAGUGUAUUGCAGCAUUGUAUUCUAGGUAAUGGUGCUUCAGAUUAACAGAAAUAAAUACUAACUAUAAAUCAGUUCUCCACAAACUCCUCUAAACUGACCACAAAGACAUUUGUUGUAUAUUGAAGUAUUCCUCAUCUUUAAAAUAAUUAACAGAAUAAAUCAAUUGUUUUCCAGUUAGCAAAACUUGAUGUGCUUUCUGUUUGAAUGAAUGAUGCUAGUUGGGGAUUUUUGAUAAUGAUGAUUAAGUUAUGUCAUAUUUUGUAAGCGCAUUUUCCAUGUAUCACUGUGGGGAAGAAUUUGCUUGAUUAUUUGAUUAUUCAUAUACUUAGCAAACCAUAUAAUUGUGUUUUUUUGUUAUGUUUUAUUUAUUAAAACAAAAGCUUUUAUUUACUGAAUGGACGACAGUGAUGUCAUAUGAAAGUGCAUCUCAUAUUAUGCAAAAGUUAGGACAUGUUUUAAACAAAAUCACACUAAUAAUGGCUAAUAACUGCUUCCUUUGUAAC